AAAGAAAUAAAAAAAAUCAAACCUAACAAUGUAAGAGCGACCUUACCUGAGUUUCCCGCUCCAACAACGACGAGGGUUUUGGGGGUUUUUCUUCCAAACCAACAACAAUGGCUUCCAACGACACCUUCACCACCACACGCUUGUUCCCUUCUCACUCUAACGCUUUACAAUCCCUAAUUUCUGCGUUUCAAUCUUCAAAGGGUUUCAAUCCGCCAUUUUUGAAAAAAUUGUACUGUCUUCUGGUUCAUUUUUCCUUAAACGAACCAAUUCGAGGUUCUGAUACUGAGCUAGAUGGUAGCGGGUUUAAUCAAUUGGCUGAAAUUUUGUUCACGGAACUUGAUUCUAGGUUCGAAGUGUUUUUUAGUGAUCUGUGUGAUGUGAAUCGAUCAGAUAAUUCUAGGUUUCGUGUUGAUGAACUCACACUUGUCUUGAGAUGUUGUCUUGUGAUUUUGACUUUGCUUGAUUCAGAUGGAUUGCUUGAGAAAGCCCAAGUUUUACUUUCUGUACUUGGUAGAUUGAUUUGUUUGGUUACAAAUGGGGGAAAUGAGAAGAAGAAAACUUCUUUUACUUUUGAGAAGUUUGUUUCUCGUGAAUGUUCUUACAGUGAUUCUGCUUGUUCAACUUCUGUUUCUGAAGAUUUUGCUGCUUCUUUAUCGAUUUUGGAACCUUCUGAUCCAUGGCGUCCAUUUUUAUCCCAAGUGCUUGAGGUAUUUGCAGAUGAACUUUUGCUACAUAGACUUUUGAGAGAAUAUCUUAUGCGUGUUGAUUCUGCAUCUAGCUCAAGCAGGGUGCUUUUUAGGUCCCAUUUUGUUCAUGGUUAUAGUGGAAGUGUAUUGGAGGUGAUUUCUGUUCAUUUUAUCUUAUCACUUUCAGAUGAACAAGCAUUUGAGACUUUCCCCAAAAGAUUAUGUGGCAGAUGGGGCAAAGACUUUAGACAUCCUGAGCUAAGCCUGACUGCAGCCAUAUCACUACUUAAUCCAAUCGUACUUUCGGGGCCAAAAAUAUUCCAGGCACAUGUGAUUUUAUUGGUUUCUGAAGCAAUUGCUAUAGAAAGUUCUUCAGAGAGUUUUAGACCUAAUCUUAAACUUAUGACCUGUUACCUAACAGCAUUUGAAAUGUCUGUCAUCUUGUACACUGGAUAUAUGACCAAUCUGCUUAUGGAUGGUCAUCCAAUCGGUUAUAAAGGUUCUUAUGCAGAUUCUCCUAUGUUUGGCAGAAGCUUUCAAUCUUCUUUUGAAUGUUAUAUUCAAGAGUCCACAAGCGCGAAAAUAGAUGAUCUUGGCGUUAAAUUAGAUUCUUCAUGGAACUCACAUGUUUGCAAUAUGUUCUGUAAAGAAACUUCUGAGCUUAUGGCUGAGGCCAUUGCAUACAUAAACAAUGGUGAACAGGUUGUUGAUGAAUCUUGUAAAGAUGAUAUUUUGUCAAUUUCCAGUGCUAUAAUAAUUGGAUCGUUUUCAGACAUUUCGGGUGAUGCAGUAUUAUUUGGAAAGAAGGAAACAAGUCCACAAGAUGUGUAUCUUCUGGCUGCUUUACUAAAGUUAAUGAGUAAUUCAAUGUCAGCAGUUAUUUGGUGUUUAAGGCAUGAUGCUAAUUCGGGUAGUUUGAAAACCUUAGCAAAUGCCUCAUCAUGCAAGGAAUAUGAUUUCAUUGUGGAUGUUAUUGGCUGUUUUCAACAUUUCAAUGCAUCUUUACCAAAUCAGAAGAAAAUGUUUAACUUGAUGAAAGCUGGCCUCGUCACGCAUAAGAGUAGCAAGUGGAUACUUAUGCAUUUUCAGGGCUUGUUAUCAUUAUGUUUUGCUAGUGGUAUUGAUUUCUUAGUGAAGAAUUGUGUAUCCAUGAUUAUGACACUGAUGAACCUCUAUGCUUUCGAAGAUGGUAGUUUAGAUGCUUUGAGAAUAUUGCUCGUUUAUGGCGCAGAAACCAUUUCAUCUGAAGCGCCUCCUGACAAAGUUAGUAAGAUUCCUCGAUUAAGUAGAAAGAUUGUUUCAAAUAUUCAGAAGACAAAAUCAACAUACUUGAGCAGUACAGAAUCUUCUUCAUUUUCCCAUUUAAGAUCAGAAGAUGAGAAAGCCGAAGCUACACAGAAUACCUCCAUCCGAAAGUCCAGGACAGAGUCGAAUGUUGGUACCGAGGAGGAAACAGAGCAGUCCUGCACUGGAAAAAUCUUCUUACAAUGUGUGGUAGAAAACCCCAGAAACACACACGAGUGUGAUGAUUUGUUAGACUUCAUCGAAUGUAAGGAGGGCAAGGAUUAUCCCCACUGGUUGAAGAAUCGAUCGAAAUAUCGAAAGUGGAAAACAGAUAAAAUGGCAGUUCUAAGGUGGAAGAAAAAGAAAAAAACUUGGAAAUUCAUGGCAGGAGGAGGUAAAGCUUAGUUCAAAACUCAGUAAUGUUAUUCUUGAGACUAGGAUUCCCUCCUAACCCUAUAUUAUUUGGGGAUUGGGAAACUAUAGCAAUUACUAUGUAGGUACCAAAGAAGGACUCGAACCUCAGACAUCGUGGGAGUAAAACUACAUGCCUUACCAUUUGUGCUACCCAACUCGGGUAGACGAACUGAACUCCUAGCUAAGAAGCAGUUGUGUAUGCAUAUAGUUGACAUAGCUUGAUGCUGAUAAAUUCCAGUUACAAAUCAAUGUAUGGGGAAGCAUUUCAGACCGAUCCUGUAGGCGGUCGGUCGGUUACGUGGGCUCAUUUUCUUUGUCCUUGUAGAUAAUCAAGAAACAACUUUUAGUUAUGGUAAUUUGGGUUGUAAAUGGAAUUAAAGGUUAAAAGAAUAAAGAUCACAAAGUGAGGAGAAAACAAUGGAUUAAUGUUCAUUAAAAGGCACACAACAGUUGUUUAUAGCUUUAUCAAAUUCACAUAUACGUGAAAAAAAGAAAGUUGUGCAUUAAUCAAAA